UCACUCUCACGUUGGCGUCUCCCUCCUCGUAUUCUCCUGUUAACCUUCCCGCUUCUGCGCAGCUCGACCCGGCUAAAGCCAUCCAGCCUGCCCCCCCCGUGUGUCUAUUUGCCCCCCUGAGAGCAGCAUGUCGGACUACGGCGCUUUGCCAUCGAAUGGAGUCGGUGCUGGGAUGAAAAAGGACGCGUUUGCAGAUGCAGUGCAACGAGCCAGACAGAUUGCAGCUAAAAUCGGUGGAGACGUCGUGCCACCAGUGACAAACAACGGAGGAUCUGAGAGUUAUCCAUUCCCAGCACAGAAACGCUCCCUGGAAGAAGCAGAUGAGCCUGAUGCCAAGAAGGUAGCAUCACAGAGUGAAAGAGAUUCUGCAAUGUCCAUUGGAGCUCAACUAGCUGCCCUGUCCCAACAAAGUGUCAGGCCCUCUACAAUGACAGAAGAGUACAGGGUGCCUGAUGGCAUGGUCGGCCUCAUCAUUGGCAGAGGAGGUGAACAGAUUAAUAAAAUUCAGCAGGAUUCUGGCUGCAAGGUCCAAAUUGCACACGAUAGUGCCGGUCUUCCUGACAGAAGUGUUUCCUUGACGGGUUCUCCAGAUGCUAUACAGAGAGCCAAGGCACUUAUAGACGACAUCGUAUCCAGGGGUCAUGAGUCAACCAACGGUCAGUCUGGUUCCAUGCAAGAGAUGAUCAUCCCUGCAGGCAAAGCUGGUCUGAUUAUUGGCAAAGGAGGAGAGACGAUCAAACAGCUCCAGGAGCGAGCUGGAGUUAAAAUGAUUCUUAUUCAAGAUGGAUCUCAGCCACCCAACAUAGAUAAACCCCUACGCAUCAUUGGAGACCCCUACAAAGUGCAGCAAGCAAAGGACAUGGUUAAUGAGAUUCUACGAGACAGGGAUAAUGCUGGAUUCGGAGACAGGACUGAAUAUGGAUCUAGGAUGGGAGGAGGUGGCAUUGAUAUAGCAGUGCCCCGGCAGUCUGUGGGAGUUGUGAUUGGUCGUAAUGGGGAGAUGAUCAAGAAGAUUCAGAGUGAUGCUGGAGUGAAGAUACAGUUUAAACCAGAUGAUGGGACAGGUCCUGAUAAGAUUGCCCAUAUAAUGGGUCCACCAGACCAGUGUCAGCACGCUGCCUCAAUUAUCACUGACCUGCUACAGAGCAUCCGUGCCCGAGAAGAGGGUGGUCAGGGGGGCCCUCCAGGUCCAGGGGCAGGGCUGCCGCCUGGUGGGCGAGGGCGAGGUAGAGGGCAGGGGAACUGGGGUCCUCCUGGAGGAGAGAUGACCUUCUCUAUUCCUGCUCACAAAUGUGGGCUUGUCAUUGGCAGAGGAGGAGAGAACGUCAAGUCCAUCAACCAACAAACUGGUGCGUUUGUGGAGAUAUCUCGUCAGCCACCUCCAAACGGUGACCCAAACUUUAAACUGUUCACCAUCCGAGGGUCCCCGCAACAGAUUGACCACGCAAAGCAGCUUAUAGAAGAGAAGAUUGAGGCUCCUUUGUGUCCAGUGGGUGGUGGCCCUGGUCCAGGAGGCCCAGGGGGACCGAUGGGUCCUUAUAAUCCCAACCCUUACAGUGCAGGGCCUCCUGGUGGAGCUCCCCAUGGAGCUGCACCUGGUGGUCCUCAGUACUGUCCUCAGGGAUGGGGAAAUACCUAUCAGCAGUGGCAAGCUCCAAGUCCACAUGACCCAAAUAAGGCAGCAGCAGACCCGAAUGCAGCAUGGGCAGCCUACUAUGCACAGUACUAUGGUCAGCAGCCAGGUGGUGCCAUGGCAGCCCAGACUCCAGGAGCUGCUGCAGCAGCACCACCAGGAGACCAGAACCAAGCAGCACAGACUUCAGGGGGCCAGCCAGACUACACGAAGGCUUGGGAGGAGUAUUACAAAAAGAUGGGCAUGACCCAACAAGCUGGAGGAGCAGCAGCUGCUCCAGGAACAGCAGCAGCAGCAGCCACCACAGCAGCAGCAGCUGCAGCUGGCGGCCAGCAGGAUUACAGCGCAGCCUGGGCAGAGUACUACAGACAGCAGGCUGCCUACUAUGGACAGGCAGGACAGGCUCCUGGACAGGCAGCUGCUCCACAGCAGGGACAACAGGCGCAGUAAAUGAGUGGCUUGUUCGACUGAACGGAUGUGAUGGAUCGCUCAACCUGUUUCUUUUGUUUGUACGUUUUCUCUGUGACUUUAAAGGGAUAGCUCAGUUUCUCGGAAAGAAGCAGUAUGAGUUACUUUCCAUAGAUGAUACAUUACCUACUGUAGAUGCUGGUCAGCACGGCCCACAGUUUGGAGAAGCCAAGAGGAGUACUAGCAUGAAUGACAAACUUAAAAAAAAAAGAAUCAAAGACAGUUUAAAGUAUAUUCUGCAUUUAGAAUAUUAGCACCGGGGAACUGAAGCUGUUCUGUUGAUCUGUUCUCUUUUCAUCGCAGAGCAGAGGAGGUGCUGGUCUGUCACUGCCUCAUCUGGUUAAUUUGUUUAUUGUAUGACCAGUGUGUUGACGCUUCCGUUUGCAUUUCAAUUAACAUGUGAAAACACCACAAUAACAAAGCAGAGGGAAGACCAGCAUUCCCAUGUCUGUGAGAUAAAAUAGUUGUCUGUGGUGUGAUGGUUUUAAAGCGAUCGAUAGAAAGGCUUCAGUUCCCCAAAGGUUAAGCUGUGAUAACAUCCCGAUUCCUGAAACUGGUGUUUUUAUGUUUUGUUCCUGACCCGUCCAGCGCAGUUUGUCUUUGUGCCAGCACACCUGUAAGUAAAGCACUGUGGAUAAGUCCCUCACACAACCCUGCUUCACAGAAACAGACUGUCUCAUUAAUAAGCCAAGGCAAUGGUUACACGUCCACAAAGCCUUUUGCAUUCUCACCUUCAGGUUUGUGUUUCAAAGUCAAAACUGAAUACAGAAGAGAACACAUUUUGCCCAAGCGUUGAACAAAGCACUAAAUAAUUACCCUGGUUAAUAUUCAGUUUGUCACAUUCAACUCACCCACACUUCAUGAUCCAUCUUUUUGAUUUUUGAUUUUUAAAAAAUGUGAAAUAAUUGGCAUAUUUGCUUGCAAGCUAGCACAACAGCAUCUCAACACUGAUUCAUAUUUAAGUGGUUUUCCCUUCAGUUUCCUGAGGGUAAAAACUGUCUAGCAGUAUUUUGAAUAUAUUCAAAACGUAUGUUUGUAUGAAAGAAAAUUGGAACAUUUUGGUCUUUUUUUUUUUUCUUUGUUCCUGGUAAUUUUUUAAACUUCAUUUUUAAAAAACAAAAAAAGCAUUCCCAAUGGUUAAGUUGGAGGUGUAUUUCUCCCUGCUGUGUCAUAAAUUGUUUUCAGUUUUA